UAAGCCCGGAGCACAGGUGUGUGUCCUGCGCUCUCCCGCACGGCUCUCGUCUCCUGCCUUUGAUGUAGACAUGACUUGGGAUUGAAAAUAAUUUACAGAAGCAACAAAUUAUCGAGUCUAACAUCUGUUACUUGUUAAUAUGAAGGUGCCAGAGGAGGAAUUAAUGAGCGACAUUUUGAAGCGGUUAACGGGCGAGUCGGCCCUCCCGGCGUACAGCAACGUCGAGAAGUUCAGGCGAGGGAAGGACGGCUUAUACUUCGUCGCGGAGGACUUUCAUGAAACUGUGAAAAAAAGGGAAUUGGUCAACGCCAAGGAGCGACUAAGAAUCAGGAACUUGAACCACAUGUUCUCCCGCUUGAAGCGAAUGGUGCCACUAAUGCGACCUGACCGGAAGCCCAGUAAAGUGGACACACUCAAAGCUGCAACGGAAUACAUUCGAUUGCUUGUUGCAGUUUUGCAGGACACUGACGGUGAGGCCGGCAGUGGGACUGAUUUCCUAAAGAAAGCAAUCACUUAUGGUCAGACUGACGGCUUGAGCAACGACCUAUGGAGAGUGGAUGAUGUAAGUGUUUCGCAUGAAGAUGCUUUCACCAUGCUCCCGGAACCGAUCUCUGAGGGAGAAAUGAGCAGACUGGUGUUGCAGCAUUGUGUGAUGCCUGCAUACCAGUUCAUCAUUCAAGUAGCAACCUGA